AUAAGCCAUUUAAUGUUUCCAGCGUGAUUUCAAUUUCAGCCCUUUUCAUAUUCGGUUUUAUUUGCUCGUGUGGUAUGAAACUUGGCUAAGUAGGUUAGCUGUUUUAUUAUGGAAGCAAAUAUCGUUUCAAAUGUAAAACAACCUGCAGGUAUAAAAUGGUCUAUUUGUAAUUUAACUUGCUAUAGAAAAUGUAUUUUUACGUUUUAAAAAUAUCUAAAUAUUACGUUAAGGCUUGUGAAGCAGCUUGGAAAGAAUGUAUAAUACUAAAUCAGUGAACUGAACAAAUGACACUUCUGUGGAUCGACUCCUAGUGGUGGGGACGACAGUAUCUCUUGUACCAUGCAAGCAGGUUUGGCUUGCCCGUUCUAUGCGUUUGUGGAAAUCCUUAAACUCCAACCUCGAGGGCUUUAGUAAAAAGGUAAACUAAACAAGGAAGAAGUUUAAAGAAGCAUUGAAAAACAAACCCUGAGAAGUGAUGCAAAUUUGAAGCCAUCCUGGGGGGGCGGGGGGCUGUUGGAUGCUGUAUACAAAGUUGCAUGCUGCAGUGGUUUGGGGAUCUGAGAACAUUACGCUAUCAGAGUGCAACUUAAAUUCGGAUCAUAGACCCCAAACGUUUAUUUCUCCAGCACAACGCCCCCAUUAUGUUAAAAGGCGGAGUAAGACAGCGAGAGAUAAUCCUGCCAUGCUAUUAAGUUCCUCAGAAGAUAACUGUGUCAGAUACAAAAUGAUUUUAUUUUCAGCACUAAGAAAAACAGAUUUUUCUAUAUAUAGUCUCUGUAGUAUCGAUUACUUCAUAAUAGCCCGGGGCAGUUUCUUGCGCAACGCGGCUGAAUAAAGGGAUGGAUUGUGUUACCUUUGGUUUUACAUAAGUGUUUCCUUGUGAUGGAAAAUUCUGUUGUUCACUCAGCUGGGGUGAUGUCUGAUUGAAGUGAGAGCGCGUGAGCCAGUUCUCCCAGGUGACUUAUUUCUAACCCGUUUUUGGAACUCCCUGGCUGGAAGAAAGAGCAGCUAGGCCACCAAGGGUACAAACCCUUCAGCGGGCAACGGGUUAGAAAGUAUGUGCGAGGGGUUCUGGACGGGCGCCAGCUGUUCACAGCUGUGCUGAGGAGCAAGGGAAGCAACAGCUACUGCUCCAAACCAAAGCUGUGUCUCACAAAUGACGGUCGCCCCGCGGUGCUUUUAGCCUCUCACUUCUGGGCACAGUGACUCAGAUCCCUUCAACGCCCAAGUUGGGCUAUUCGCUGAGAAAGGAGAGGAGAAACGCGCCACGGUCCUUUUUUCCCCUGGCCAGCAGCUUCCGAGGCCACGGUGGGUGUGUGUGUGUGACCCCUUUGCUAGCCUACACUUCCAAUCGUUAGGAACCAGCCCCCCAGGGAAUAGGUGGACGGCAGUAAACGACGGUAGGUGAUGUGAAAGGAAAGGCGCCGUUCAUCUCAAGCGAGGCGGCUGGUUUUGAUCUGGAAGUGCCCCACUGGGGGGGGGAGACACCUCCUUUGCAGCGUGCUGCAGUAGGGGAGACCCGCUGCUGGUCCAGCGGUGAAAAAGGGAGAGAGACCAACCCUGCUUCAGGGGAUGUGACUGGACUGGGUUGGCGUGUGCGCUGUAUGGGCGGGUGUUUUCUUCUCUGGAUCCCGAUCCCGGGGAGGGUUGAAAUCUCUCCCUCUCUUUUUUUUUUUUUGGUUGGCUGUUGGUAUCCCGUCCUGGGCGCCCUCCGCACAUGUUCCUAGGGCGCCAUCUCUGUGCAGUCACCGACUCCUCCGGCAGGUUCCCCUCCCGGCGGCUCCUCCAGAGCGUGUGAACAUUCCAAGCCCAGCUCGGCUCCAGCUCUGCUCCAACCUGCACAGCCAAGCAUGCUUUCCAGCCGCUGAGCCUUCCCUGCUGCUUCUGCUCCUAUUAGACCUCUCGGGCUUCCCAGAUAAGACAAACACACACUUUGCCUGAGUUCAGGUUCCUUUUCUCAGUGUGGACCCAAACUUUCCGGAAGCAGCAAGACCUGAACCUGGCUUUAGAAGAGGUUCCAAGACCGAGAGGAUACAAUGUUCACUAAACUGUUCCAGCAUUGGAGUUUCGCAGUCUUCCUGCUGAGUUAUUCUGUCCCCUGUUAUGGGAGAUCACUAGAGGGGACCAGCCGCAGACUCAAAAGAGCUGUAUCAGAGCAUCAGCUACUGCAUGACAAAGGGAAGUCUAUCCAAGAUCUACGAAGGAGGAUCUUCCUUCAAAAUCUCAUUGAAGGUGUUAACACAGCGGAGAUCCGGGCUACUUCAGAAGUUUCUCCAAACCCUAAGCCUCCAACUAACACAAAGAACUACCCUGUCCGAUGUGGCAGUGAAGAUGAGGGUAAAUACCUAACUCAGGAGACAAACAAAGCUCAGACAUACAAAGAGCAGCCCCUGAAGACAUCGGGAAAGAAGAAGAAACCAAAGCCUGGAAAACGCAAGGAACAAGAAAAGAAAAAGAGGCGAACCCGCUCAGCAUGGCCAAAUUCUAGAGGGUCUGGUAAUGGAAAUGAAGGGGUCCCCCUCUUGGACAUCUCUGGUACUACACAUGAUCACAAUUUAAGGAGGCGUUGAAUUUUCAGUUGAGAUCUUUGGAAAACAUAUUGCAGUAUUCUGUAAUAGUGAACAUAUGGAAAGUAUUAGAAAUAUUUAUUAUCUGUAAAUAUUGUAAAUGCAUUGAAAUAAAACCGCCUCCCCCAUUGCUCUCUGAAACUGCACAUUUGGCUAUUGUGAAUUUUUUUUUUUUUUUUUGGCUAAGGCUAAGUCAAUUAUUAUUGUCACAUUUACCAUAAUUUAUUUUGUUGAAUGGUGUAUUUAUUUUGUUAAAGUAUCUUGGUGCUGCUGACUUUCUAUACAUAUAUAUAUAUUGUAACAUAAUGCACUUUAGAUAUACAUAUCAAGUACAUUAAUAACUGACAUAAUAAGAAAGUGUUCCUCUUUUGUGGUUGAUUUUAAAUGGAUGCCUAUGAACAAUUGUUCAACUGAUUUUCCUCU